AUCACGCUGUCCUCUGUGUGAUGAGUAGUCUACGGGUGUGUGUACGGGUGUGUGUACGGGUGUGUGUACCAGGCUAAUGAAUAGGACAAUGGGACAUCUUCCCCGGCUUGUUACUGUGCUCUCUUUCUUUCUUUCUUUCUUUCACUCUCUUUCUCUCUCUCUCCACAAAGCUUCCACACACACGAGAGCGAUGUGUAGUUUAAACCGUAGUGAAGUGCCUUUGACACGUUAUGCAAACCUUAACGUUCACUAGGAAAGAUUGAAUACCUCCAUAUUUGUGUGUGUGUGUGUGUGUGUGGUGUGAACUACGGUUCAUAAACACAACUCAUGUUGAGGUUUCUGAACUACGGUUCAAGAUUAUAUGUCAUGUUUAGAAAUCAAACCUUUAAUUCUCAGGCUUUAUUCUUCAGUAUUUAUGCAUGAAAUGGACUAUGGUUCAAAAGCAGUAUUCUGGUGUAUUGAAGAUUCCCAGGCCUUUUCCCACUAUUGUUAGGUCUGUGUGUAUCUACUAUUCUGUGUGUGUGUGCAUGUGUGUGUGCUCACAUUCAGGUACAACCUUUGUGAGCAGUUGGCAUGGGCAUGUUCAGUUAAUGGGUACAGGACUCCAGACUACACUGCUAUGGCCAUUGUGUGUGUGUGUAAGAGUGAGAGAUACUCACAUACUUCUGUCAGUCUCCGCUCUUUAUGCCAGGUCAGGGGGUGUGGUGGCCCUUGUAAGAUGGGCACUGCCCUCUCAGUUCUCCGUUGGGGCUGGGCAGCACUGCCCUGGGUGGGGGAGGAAAUGACAAGGAAGGGUGGAAGAGUAGGGUUUCAGGACCGCUCUGAUGAAUCCUCCAAGGCAAGACCAGACUAACAGGACCAGCUGCCCUGUGGCAUUGUGGAACUGAGAACACCAAUAUUGAUGAGGGGUGCCUUUGGGCUCAUCCCCCUGUGAGCCCCUGCUAACCCACAUUAAGCCCUACGAAGUGCACACUCUGAAGUGCACACUCUGAAGUGCACACUCUGGAGAAAACUUAUCUUCUGCCAGUAAUCCAUACUUCUCAUUGAGAGAUGAAGAUGUGCGUCCCACUACUGAUAGCUGUGCUGCCUAUCAUACAGGCAGUGUGUCCAGACAGGGAGCCCGGCCUGCAGCCAUGGACCCCCGGCCACAGUGAAGCCCACCAUGUUACCAUUGGCUAUGGCAGAAAGGUCAUCCUCACCUCUUCAGCUACUGUCCACUCCAUAGAGAUCCUCAACGGAGGAAAGUUAGUGAUAGCAGACUCGUAUCAUCCCAUCCUACUGCGUACCAAACACAUUCUGAUCGGCAACAGAGGACAGCUGCACAUAGGAAGUCCUGACUGCCCGUAUAAGGGCAACCUUACCAUCUCCUUAUUUGGAAGGUCUGACGACACAGACACAGAGCACAGUUACUUUGGCCGUAAGUACAUUGGUGUGGGGACAGGAGGGACACUGGAGAUCCAUGGGGAGAAGAAGCUAUCGUGGACCUUCCUCAACAAGACCCUGCACCCAGGGGAGAGCGAGGACAACAGCUACCUGUUCGAGAGGGGCUGGGGCAACCGGGGGAUCAUAGUUCACGUCAUCGACCCCAAGACUGGAGAAGUGCUCCACAAUGAUAGGUUUGACACAUACCGCAGUAAAGAAGAGAGUCGUCGCCUGGCCCAGUAUGUAGAUGUGGUAGACAAUGGGAUGAUUCUGGCCAUGGUGGUCAACGACGAGGGGUCUAACAACCUGGAGGACUCGGCCAGGAAGAUCCUCACCAAGCUGGGGAGUAAAGACUUCCACCACCUGGGCUUCCGUCAUCCCUGGAGUUUCAUUGUGUUGAAAGGCAACGCGUCCUCUGCAGUGGAGGAUCAUGCUAUCUAUCAAGGGACCAAAGCCUCCUCGGAGGCUCGUAGUUCACGCAUGUUCCAGUCAGAAUACGGAGAGCACUUCACCAUCACCACCUCCAGCCAAUGGGUGCAAGAGGCAGAGUGGACUGAGUGGUUUGACAGAGAUGAUGAGAGAGGAUCAGGAGACUGGGAGAAGCUGUCUGACCUCCACAAGGCUUACCCUGACCGCCUCUGUAGCACCCCCAUAGAUAUACAGGCUGAGUCCCAUGAUGGUGUGCCAUCGAACGAGACAGGAGAUGUCAUCUAUAAGUCUGACAGGGACUACGGCUUCGUCUGUCUCAACAAGGACCAGAGCCACGGCCUCUGUCACAACUACCGAGUACGCUUCCUCUGCGGUAAACUAGUGCGUCCCCAGGCCUCCAUCUCUAUAGAGCAUCUGUCCAACAGCACUGUCCUGGAGUUAGCUGAGCCAGCUGAAGGCUGGGGCCCAGGAGACAGACUGGUGCUGGCCAGUACUGACUACUCUAUGCACCAGGCUGAGGAGUUCACCAUACUACCCUGCCCUGCCUGUGGGCCCACACAGGUUAAAGUCCAAGGUGAGUGUGUGUGGGGUGGAUGGUGGAGGGUGUGUACGUGUGUGUGUACGUGUGUGUACUUGCGUUGGUGUGUGUGUGUGUGCAAGGUGAUGCUGCUGUAAUGUCUGUACUUUGCAUCAGCAAGUUAAGUCUCCUUGUGAAACAUAUAAGUCUAAGGUUGACCGACCUUAGACUGUUGCAAUAGCAACCGAGUCAAAAGUCAUAGACCUUAGACUAUAGGACAACUACUAAGGCGGAAACAAGGAUUCCAUUUCAUAACUUUCACCAAUCUAGACUGUGUGUGUAUCUUUAUUGGGUUCCCCAU